AAGGCGACGGCAAGAACCGCGCCGGAUGACCACGUAAGCAACGUGCUUCCAGGAUGCCCUGCAUAACAGUCAACCAGCUACUGAGCUACUGACUGUGACCGGUCCCCAUGCCCAGUUGGCAAACAGAUCGCCAACGCUGAGCCUAGAGCAUGCUCCCAGAUCUUCAUCUCCCUAGCUUUGACGACAGGACACUCUCCUCCCCCCAUAACGUCCCUGGAAGCUCCACACAACCCCUCUACAUGAAGUGCUGACCGAUCUGUCUUGACAAGUCGGCUUUUGCAAGCUUUGUCCGAGCAUGGAGGAAUAAGUCCGAGUUUGCAUUUUAACCAGUCACAGUCAACCAGAUCACAGUACAGCGUACUCCAAAUAAAUUACAUAUCCGGCUUGCACUGAACACAGCAGUAAGAGUUAGUCAAGCACCAAAGCGGUAGCCUAGACCUAGAGAGUAGCGUCACUGGAAAGUGUGGAUGAAUCGAGCACUGACUGUUUGAGGAUUAAAGCUUGUGGCGUCUGCAGAUCAACUUGGUGAUAAAAAGCCCCAUGACUGAGUGGUGGAAGGUGCUAAGCCGUAUUCAGAGUGAAACCCCACCGAGGACAAACACUUCGUACCUGUGUCAAUUGCCACACGACCGGCUGACUGGUUUGACUGACAGUUGGAAGAGAUUGUAUCAGGCAACUUGAUGGCUUUUCAUAUUGAAACGGCCAUGACGGCUCCACUCUUUUAAUCCCAAGGACACACAGGCCAAAGCCACUGUAGCGCAAAUUACUUCAACCACAAAUUAAUGCUACCCGGAAAACACUAGCCUUCGUUUCUUGUUUCUUCAGAGCCUCUUCAACAUACAUCGGACAUAUAGGUGCAGAUGGUUUGCUCCAAUCACUGCUGUUGAUGGUCAAGAUAAUGAACAACGCUGCCGUUGCCUCUCGCCGUCUCAGUUUUGCGCAAAGCCCAGAUCACCUGUGUGUCAUGUGACGGAGCCCUGCCUGCACGCGCUGUCUGCACUUUCACCGUCUAUUAGCCAUACACCAGCCUCAGCAGUUGGGGAGAUAUAAGAUCGCAUUCCACUGGAGCAUCGUAAAACUUCACAACGCGGGGCUAGCGGCUUAUCAUCCAGCCAGCCGGACAGUCCACCAGGAGACCGCCGGGAGUUUUGUUUCUAUUCUAUUUGCAGUAAUUGUCCCUGUGGAGUUGUCAUUCUAAAGUGAAGUCUGCCCAUUCACUCCAAGCCUCGUAGAAAGUGCACAUCUAACUUACAUCUCACCGCUGCGUUUGACUUGACUUAUCAUUAUCAGCAUCACCACUAGAAUUAUGGUGGGCCUAGGGGUGCAAAACCUGAAUCUGCACGACCGGGGGUUUGCCCUCUGCAUGUGUUUACUUCCCUGUUUGAUCCUGUUGGUCCUACACGUUCACUUGGGUUCUGCUCACGAUCCUAAAGAUGGGAUGAAGUUGUUCCGUCGCCAUCAUAUUGAAGGCAAAGCAGAGGACGAACCAAUCUUCUGGGAAUCAAGCUUCACCGAAGAGUUUGCCGAUCCAUGUAAAGCUGAUGGUUUCCUUGGAGAUAUUGCCCUGACAGAGGAGGAUUACCAACGAGAAGUCCGACGAUACAAACAGAGUCAAGGAAUCCAGAAGAAAACAAAGGAUCACCAGAACAUCCAAUCCGCCAAGGAGGAGAGACGACUUGCCAAGGAGAGACGAAAAUUAGAGAGGAAGGAGAAAAAAGCCCUCAAGGCGGAGAGGAGGAAGGAACAAAGGCAUUCUCAUUCAGCACCAAUCAAAAUUGAUCAAGAGGAUGCAAGACAAACUGAGAAUGGAACAAAUGAGGAAAAAACACAUCACCGAGUGGCUAGAGCAGUGACAUCAAGACCGGAGAGAAAAUGGCCGUACGGUGUUAUCCCAUAUGUCAUUGACGGGAAUUUCACAGGCUCACAGCGUGCAAUGUUCAAACAGGCCAUGAGACAUUGGGAGAAUUACACCUGCAUCACCUUUGUUGAGCGAGACCCUCUACAGCACAGGAAUUAUAUCGUCUUCACUUACAGAGCAUGUGGGUGCUGUUCCUUUGUCGGCAUGAGGGCUGAGGGGGCACAGGCCAUCUCCAUUGGCAAGAACUGUGACAAGUUUGGUGUGGUGGUCCAUGAGUUGGGCCACGUUGUUGGCUUUUGGCACGAACACACCCGGCCAGACAGAGAUGACCAUGUCACCAUUGUCAAGGAAAACAUUUUGCCAGGUCAGGAAUACAACUUCAACAAGCUGCUACCUGAGGAAGUUGAUUCCCUUGGCCAACCGUAUGACUUUGCCAGCAUCAUGCAUUACGCCCGGAACACGUUCUCCCGUGGCAUCUGGCUGGACACCGUCAUCCCCCGUAGAGCAUCCGACGGUAUGCAGCGACCAGAGAUAGAGAUUGGUCAGCGAAAGCAGCUGAGCGAGGGCGAUAUCACCCAGGCUAAUUUGCUGUACAAAUGCCCUUCUUGCGGCCGCACUCUUCAAGAAACAACAGGAAAUUUCAGCUCUCCAGGCUGGCCAAUGGCAUUCAGCAACCAAGAAACCUGCGUCUGGCGGAUCUCUGUGACUCCCGGGGAGACAAUCGUGCUGAUGUUUGAUGACUUUGAGCUAGUUGGCAGCGAUGACUGCUGGUAUCAUCAUGUGGAAGUAAGGGAUGGCCACUGGAGGUUUUCCAACCUUUUAGGAAGAUUUUGUGGCAGUGACAUCCCUCCAGUGAUCGUCUCAACAGACAGCCGGCUGUGGAUUGAGCUAAAGAGCUCUCCAUCUGGUAGUGCAAUUAGUCGCGGAUUCACGGCUCACUAUGAAGCGGUUUGUGGAGGCAAUAUCUCCAAGGAGUCAGGGAUGCUACAGAGUCCCAACUACCCUGAUGACUACCGGCCGGACAAGUCCUGUGUGUGGCUCCUGACUAUGCCCGAGGGCUAUCAAGUGGGGCUCAACUUUCAGUCAUUUGAGGUGGAGAGGCAUGACAAUUGUAUCUAUGACUACGUGGAGAUACGCGAUGGCCACCAAGAUGACUCACCAUUAAUUGGCAAAUUCUGCGGCUACUUGAUGCCAGAGGACAUCAAGUCUUCCAGUAACAAGCUGCGUGUCAAGUUUAAGUCAGACGGGACUGUCAACAAAGGGGGAUUUUCAGCUGAUUUUUUCAAAGAGGAUGAUGAGUGUUCAAAAAACAAUGGUGGUUGUGAGCAAAUCUGUGUUAAUACCAUCGGCAGUUACCGCUGUGAAUGUGAUCCUGGAUUUGAGCUCAAGGCAGAUGGCAAGUCUUGCGAAGUUGCCUGUGGUGGUUUCUUGACCAGUCUUCAAGGUAACAUCACCAGUCCCUCCUUCCCUGACCUUUACCCUCGAGAUAAGAACUGUGUCUGGCAUCUGGUGGCUCCAUCAUUGUAUCGUAUCUCACUUCAAUUCCUCAGCUUUGAGUUAGAAGGCAAUGAUGUUUGCAAAUAUGACUACGUGGAGGUCCGCAGCGGCCUGACAGAGGUUGGGGAUCUUCAUGGCAAGUUUUGUGGGGACGAGAUCCCGGACACCAUCACAUCUCGCUACAACAACAUGAGAAUAGAGUUCAAGUCGGACAGCACCGUCUCCAGACCUGGGUUCUUUGCCAGGUUCUUUGCAGAUAUCGAUGAGUGCGAGAAGAAUAACGGUGACUGCCAGCACGUGUGUGUCAACACACUGGGAAGCUACACAUGCUCUUGUAGGAAUGGAUUCACACUGCAUGAAAAUGGCCAGGACUGUAAAGAAUCUGGAUGUCGUCACGAUAUUAGAGCCAGUCAUGGCGAGAUAACAAGUCCUAACUACCCGGACAACUACCCUAAGCGCAAGGAGUGUACAUGGCAAAUUGUGGCCACGCCAGGACAUAAAGUGGAGCUGAUAUUCAAUGAUUUUGAUCUUGAACAUCAUCUUGAGUGUGCCUAUGAUCAUGUAGUCAUCUAUGAUGGAGACUCGUCGGAAGGUCAUCUAUUAGGCCGAUUCUGUGGGACAAGAAUCCCUGAUCCAGUUCUAGCCAGUGCCAAUCAAAUGUUCAUACGAUUCUUCUCAGACGCGUCUGUUUCCAGGCGAGGAUUCUUCGCUUCGUAUUCUACAAUUUGUGGUGGUGUUCUUCAAGCUGACUAUGUCCCCCAGAAACUCUACUCUCAUGCCGAUUAUGGCGAUACUAACUAUGGAAGCCAGGAGGAUUGUGAGUGGACAAUACUAGCUCCAGAAGGCUACUCUGUUAGGCUCAUGUUCCGCUCAUUUGAUAUUGAGCAUGAGACAGAAUGUGACUAUGACUCACUGGAAGUAUUGAAUGGUGACUCCUAUGAUGCCGAGAGAGUAGGCCGCUUCUGUGGACACAAAAUUCCCGAUGACAUCAUAUCCGAGGGGGAGACCCUUCGUCUCAUCUUCAAGUCAGAUGACACCAUCAGCAAGAAAGGUUUCUAUGCUGAAUACCAAAUCAGCUAAAAUUUGGUCCAAGUUUUACAGUAACCAGGUCGGGCACAAGCUUUAGACGUGGUGGUGUCAAAGAUUGUCUUUUUUUUCUUAAUUUGUUUCAAAUUAAUCAAGUUUUUCCAAGCCAGUGCUUGUGGAAUAAUACGAAGUGAGAUGGGCAUUCAGCUAUGAUGUUAGAUUCAUGACUAAUUCAAUUCAAAGCCAACGUAGCUGGCAGUAAACAAAUGAGACUUCAGUCUGAAAGAACAGGUCCAUUUAAAGUACAUGUGUGAAUGUUGCUUUAAAGAGAUACAUUUUCCAAUAGGUAUUUGGAUUUUUGGAUGUACCAUUUGUACUAAGGUUAUGCACUCUGUUGUGCAUUAAAUACUUAUGCAUUCAAUACAUUUAACAUUGUGAAUUUAUCAUCAUUUUAAUAUUUUUCAAGUGAACUACAAACAGUAUUAUCAUAUGCACAAGUGAUGUCUCUCCACGGAAGGGGUGAAUUGCUUGAAACAAGCAUUUGGAAGGAAAUGUCCCUGAUGUAGUGAAACAGUCUAUUCAGGGGAAUAAGAAUUGGAAGAUGAAUGAAGGAUUCACAAGAAUUCUGUAAAUGAUAGAAUGUCGUUGAAUUCAUUAGUGGGGUGGUUUUUCCAUAGAACUUUCAAUAUGUGGUUUGCCCUUGCAUCAGAUUUGCACAAUUCAUAUUGUUCAUUUCACCGUUGUAAUCCAGUCAUUUACAAAUCAGCCGCAAUAUGAAAAAUGUUUACAGAGAAACACUUUUUGUGUGGCAUAACACUCUCCCUCAACAUUUGAAAGUAUCUUUUGAUGUCAAGUGUGUUUAAAAGUGUUUGUAAUUGAAAAUUGUUUGUAAACAUUAAAAAUUUGCCAUGCUUUUGUGGCCAACAGAGGGCACUGCUGUGAUGUCGGUCCUGGAAGGCACUGCUUAAUUUACAGGUUCUUCUGCUCCAAUUGUGUAUUCAAAAUUUGUUCAUUGAAAACAAUUUUGAGAUAGGGUUGCUUAUUGGCUUUUUGAUAUGAACUUACAAAUUGAAAUUUAGAACAACAAUAUCAAACGGUGGAGCAGGUUUUGGUGCACAAUUCACAGAAAUUUGCAUAGUAUAAAAAUCAAAGAGGCACAAACAAAAACUUUAAAAGGAGCACAAAACAGCUUGAAAGUUAAGAGAGUUUAAACACAAAGGGCAUUGUAUGGACCCUUUAAAUCACAAAUUAACACACAAGUCGGGUCACAAGUAUCAGGAUAUCAGUAAUAUUACAGGUCUGGAAGGAAUGCUUCUGUCAUAAUUCCUUUAAAAAGUUUUUGAUUUUAGACAGAAUGGUUGAAUGAUGACUGCAUAAAAUUAUGUACAACUGUGAUUCAUGUUCUGUGCAGUCUGUUCAGAAAAAAAAUUGCUGUGCUUUAUGUAAUAAAUAUCAAACAGAGUUAAAACUAGACUGCAAGGAAAAGAACUAGAAGUUGUGAGAUUCAAUUGAUUGAGACUAUUUUAAAUAGUCAGUCGCUAAAAUUUGAUAUAGAUUUUACUCUUUUGAGCAAAUUUCCUCCCCUUUCAGUGGUGUAUGGGGGGUUGGCUGUUAGCAUUGAAAGUAUUGAACCAUCUCCAGAGAACAGCAACAUUGAUAAAGUAUGAUCCAAGGGUUCUGAAAGGCAACGCAGAUCAGUGUAACUCGGUCUUGAAAGAUUCCUUAAAAAUUGGGCAUUUAUUAGCACGUCCCAAUACAUGUUUACUCAUGAAGUUAUUACCAUGCUUUCAUCAUGUGUAUACUAUUUCACUAUUGGUAAUACUUAUAUUUUUUAUCAAUUUUUAUCUUUUACAGUAUUUGUCCGAUCAUGUGUUCCAUGUAUAUGUAUUAUUUACCACAAACAUUGUUUUAUUGAAAGGUUAUCUAAACACCUUUGAAUAUUACAACAGGACAUUGAACUAUGCAAAAAUCUGGACAAAGCAAGACAUCAGGUUGCAGAACUGUCCUCGUAGUUUUAUUAAGUGACUGUCAAAUUUCAUGUUAAUCCUUUUCUUACAUGUAUUUGUAGCUUUUAGUGUGUAGUGCUAGCUCAAGAGUAGAGAAGUGCAUCAUAGCUUCCACGAAGACCUCUUAACAGAUUUUAGUGUUUUGUUGAAGAUGCGUAAAAGUGGUCCUUUACGAAUGAAUUAGACAUUUUUUCCUGCUAUUCUAACUCAUGUACAACUUUGUGGCAAAAGUUCAUGUAGAAUUGUUUGUUAGAAAUUAAACACCAGAAUGUGUAAGUGAACUAAGCAGGACAGGCAGCUUACUGAAAGUAGUACAUGAGUUAGACUUCUGCUUUAGAUCGUCAGUUUUAAGGAACUUUCUUGAAAACUCUUUGAGACUUCAUAGAGAAAACUUCAACCAUUAAAUUCAGAUUAUACAUA